AUGAAGCAAGUAGCAAAGGACAUAGUUUCGUCGAACUUACUAAGGCAAAAGAAGAAAUCCAAGUCAUUGAUUGAGCUAGCAAAGCCUGGUCUCAUUAUGUUCCAUGAACAUCCAUCACAUCGUAUGGUGGUUAGAUUUGCUCUGAGGGGUCUCCUUUUCUUCAAAGAACUAAGUGCAAGGGCACUAGCCCACCACUACUUACAUGUUGUCGUCCUGUCAUUUUUAAAAGAAUGUGACAAGAUCCUCCCCAUGAUCAAGGGAUGA